GUCCCGCCUGACAGGCGAGGCGGGAGGAGUUGGUUGGUCUCCGUCGCCCCUGCGGUUGCUGUCUGAGGGGAGAUGCGGCGGCUGGCCGGAGCCGUCCUCGGGCUCUGAGUCGCCGGGACCGCCAGGCAGGGCGCGGCCAAGAAAAGGCUCGGGACAGACUCAUGAGCACCGCCUUCCCCGCGGCCGGGCGUUGCCGCCCUUCUCCUUCCCAGCGCCGGUAGCCGAGCCGGCGGGCGGGCGGGCGGCAUGUCGUCGCCGACGUGGCUGAGCUGCCGGUUGGCGCUGCGCUUGGGCUCGUCUCGCCUCAGCGAGUGCCGCUGCCUCCUGCUCCUCCGCCGGCGCCUGAGCGCCCUCCGCCGCGCCCCCAGGCCCGUAGACGGACUGUGGCUGCCGCCCGCGGCCUCCUGCUUGGGUUCCCCGCGGCCGCUGGGCACGCACCCCAAGAAGGAGCCCAUAGAGGCGCUCAACACGGCGCAGGGGGCCCGCGACUUCAUCUACAGCCUCCACUCGACGGAGCGGAGCUGCUUGCUGAGGGAGUUGCACCGCUUCGAGUCCAUCGCCAUCGCACAAGAGAAGCUGGAAGUUGCACCACCAUCCACUGGACAACUGAAACAUGUGUUCUUCCACAAUGCAAUACCUUUUGUAGGCUUUGGAUUUUUUGAUAAUGCCAUUAUGAUUGCUGCGGGCACACAGAUAGAGUUAUCAAUAGGGAUUGUGCUUGGAAUUUCUACCAUGGCAGCUGCUGCCUUGGGAAAUCUUGUCUCAGACUUAGCUGGAUUGGGUCUUGCAGGCUAUGUUGAAGCUGUGGCCUCCAGAUUAGGCCUUUCAAUUCCUGAUCUCACCCCCAAACAAGCUGAUAUGUGGCAAACACGUCUUAGUGCACACUUGGGUAAAGCUAUUGGAGUGACCAUUGGCUGCCUUUUAGGAAUGUUUCCCUUGUUCUUCCUUGGAGAGGAAGAAGACAAAAAACUGGAUGGAAAAAAAUAACCUUUUUACAAUGUUUAUCUAUACAUAUAUAAACUAAUGUACCUCAGAUAUACAACUAUGCUGUCGAAGUAUAUAGGAAUUUAGAGACAAUAAGAAGCAGCAUGCUAUUUUACAGAAGCACUUAACUUAUUGUGGCUGUGUCUUAGUAACAUCUUUUUUAUAAGGGGUUUUUCCUUUUUUUAAAUGUAAAUUGUUGACAUGCGAUCUCACCUUAACACUAAUGGUUGACCUUUACUGUAUCUCCCUCUUUGUUGGUUUCCUUCACCUGGAUUGUUCCUUUAAUUACCUGUCUGAUGCGGUGUACAGCGUUGGGAUUUGCAUUUUUCUUAGCCUUCGGAAAUGCAUGGCACAAAUCGCCUCUGGAUACCCACAAAAUCUUCCACUCCAGACUUUAAUGUAGUUAGGUGACAGCUGCCCUAGGAAAUACCAUGCUGUAGCUUUCUUGCUUUUAUUUGUCUUUGGGCCAUAAUUCGUACCCAGGUGACUGGAGCAAAGCCAGUUAGAAGAAAUGUGGACGUGUGAAAGGAAUGAUGGAGAGAGAUUUUGGUGAGGCCAAUGUACAGAUCCCAUUUUAUGGUCAGAGGUUUCCCCGCCCCCCCCACUCUAGACAGUGUGUGUCACUAAAUUACCCAGGUGGCAGCUUAGAUCAAAGUGAACCCUGCAAGUUGAUAUCACCAAUAGUAGAUAGCAUGCAAUGCAGCAAAUCUGGAAAGUGUCCAAAGCACCUUGCUUCAUCAGCAAGUAUUGGCCAUCUUCAUUCUCAGAUUUCCAGUACCAAAUAUUCUCACCGAAUUGUUUGUGUGCAUGUUUGUUUUGCCAUAGUAUAUCUGAAAAUUGGGCUUUAUUCCUCAUUCGACCCGUGAACUUCCAACCUUGUUUGUCUUUCUAAACAAGAAACAAGCAUAAUAUUAAUCAGGCCAAACUCCAUUCCUGAUCAGAAGGCAUUAGGAAGCGGGGUAAAGUUUCUGUUGGAUGCGGAAGAGAAUUGGGCCAGUAUGAUGCCGAACAGAAGAGUGGCGUGAAGGGAAGUAGUUGACACAGAUGAGAGCGAAGGAGAGUUUAGAAGAAAAACAAAGCAAAAUAUUAAGCCUCGACUUACAUGGCUGUCUCCCCACAGAUCCGCUGAUUUUAGUGUAAAACAAAUUCCUGCCACUGUUGCAUGUUUUUGCGCUUUAGCAAUUCAGGAGUAAUGAUAUUUGUAUCCUUGUCUGUGAAUGUCCGUGGGGGAGAAUGGUAAUCAGGUGCUUUAAAAUUGACCCUGCCUGGACGAGUGAUUAGUCUGUGCAGAGUUUAAUUUACAGAAAUAAACUUGUUUACUUUUCAUUUAAUAGGGUUUCUUUUCAUUUUGCCUUGUGCUUGCAGUUUCAAUGUGCAGUAUUCAAACGAACUGAAACUUCCUAAAGAGCAUUAUGUUUUCUUGAUUAUGUGGUGGGUAUAUUCUAAGCAUUUUGUUUUCAUUAAAUAAAGAGGACCAUUUGUUCA